GACGCCAUGACGUAGAGCCUAGCAACGGCGCAGGCGCCCGGCAGAGUCCGUUAUGGCCGCCGCCGCCCUGGGGAGGAUGAGCCGGGCUGCGCAGGCGAAGCUGCCGCCCGAAUCGGGCCUUCAGGCCGCGGCGGGGCUGGCGCGGCCGCUGGUCCUGGCGCUGCUGCUGGCGUCCGCCGCCAUCUCCAGCGUUGUGUCGACUGAUGGUUCAUCAAGCCAAACUGUACUCAACUCAGAUGUUUCUACCCCAAACACAAAUGCUGUAACACAUGAAAACCAAACGAAACCUUCUGUGUCCCAAGUUAGUACCACUCGCCCCCCCACAACUGGUACAGAGAAAAGUGGAGGAGCAUCUGUGGCCCCUCGUCCCUCACCUACUACUUCUCUGUCCCAAGAGGAAGCCGAUAACAACGAAGAUCCCAGCAUAGAGGAGGAGGAUCUUCUCACGCUGAAUAGUUCUCCGUCCACAGCCAAAGACACUCUGGACAACGGAGACUAUGGAGAACCAGACUAUGACUGGACCACCAGCCCCAGGGAGGACGAGUCUGAUGACACCUUGGAAGAAAACAGAGGUUACAUGGAAAUUGAACAGUCAGUGAAAUCUUUUAAGACCCCAUCUUCAAAUAUGGAAGAGGAAGAUAGCCAUUUCUUUUUUCAUCUUAUUAUUUUUGCUUUUUGUAUUGCUGUUGUUUACAUUACAUAUCACAACAAAAGGAAGAUUUUCCUUCUGGUUCAAAGCAGGAAAUGGCGUGAUGGCCUUUGUUCCAAAACAGUGGAGUAUCGUCGUCUGGAUCAGAAUGUUAAUGAGGCGAUGCCUUCUCUGAAGAUCACCAAUGAUUAUAUUUUUUAAAGCACUGUGAUUUGAGUUUGCUUAUUAUGUAAUUUUAUUUGCUUGACUUUUUAUAUGAUAUUGUGCAGAUGUUUGCCAUAGGCAGUUGGUACUUAAAUGAGAGGUGGGUCUCUCUUUUGCCUUGGUGCUUUGGAAAUUCAAUGUCACAAACAAGGAGUAUAUAAUUUUUUACCUGUACUUUUAGAGCUGGAUUUAAUCAGGUGUCCAAAAUGUGAGUUAAACAUUACCUUAUAUUUACACUGUUAGUUUUUAUUGUUUUAGUUAUUAUACUUCUUAUGGAAUUAUUAGUGAUGCUACUUUUGAAAGAUUCCAAACUUGUAACUAAAUUCUAACAUAUCUGGUACUGCUGACUCAGAUUCACUCUCUGCCAUCCAAAUACUAUUUUUUAAGCACAUAUUUCUCUGUGGUCCCAAACUGUAAUGUACAAGCGUAUGUGUUGAUAAUGCUUUGCAUUUCAGUAAUAUAUUUUUCUUCCAAGAAAACGGCUUUGGAUAUUUUUAGAUAAUUUAAACAUAAUUUAAGAUAUGAUAUUGCACAAUCUGACCACAGUCUUAGGUAAUCCAUUAAAUAUGUCUAGAAAUUCUGGCAAUAGAGACUGCCGUUUGCUGUGGACAUAGAUAAAAUGUUACAGGGAUACCAUUUUUUGGUCUGAAUUACUAAAUUAAGUUUAGAGGUAGAAACUGUGGUAAAAUAUGAAACACAUGUACAGUUACUUUCAGUUAGCAAUUGAUUGUAGCAUGGGUUCCUCCAAGGUUUCAAGCAAUGGGCAGAGUUUAAAACUGUAUCAGAUUUGUUCACUUUAUUAUUUUAUAGUAGCUUUGAAUAAAUCUGAGGGUCAUUAUCACUUAAAUAAUAUUGUAUGUAGGUCUUUCAAAUUAAAAUUAAAAUUUCAUUCAGAAAUGAAUGAAAUUGUUUGUACACAUAAAUGAAUGAAGUUGUUUGUAUACAUAAAGGAUAUAUGUGUACAAUGACCUUUUUCCCCCCUGAACUUGUUUUAUUUUCUUAGUUUUUUUUUUUUUUUAUAGAACUGGAAAUUAUUUACUUUUUUCAUUUUUUUCUGUAUUUUGUCAUAAAGAAUUGAUCAGUAUGUAAAUAUGUGAUUUGCACCAUGGUUGACUUACAAGUGUCACUAUAACUUUUUAGAAAACAUAACCCCUAACAUAUGUUAAUCAAGGCCCAGGUGAGCCAGUGGCUUGUGUUUUGUGUAGAGAUGGGACAAGAAGGCCGUCCAUCCUGUCUCUCAGGUGGACAGCGUACUUUCCUGAUAAGGAAGGGAAGCACAGUGGAAGUACACCUGAACUGUUUUAUUGCAGUAAUUUUUUUCAUAUCUGAAAUUGUAUUAUUUAAUAUUUUGAAUAAGGUUUUAAAGAAUAAAUGGGAAAGAUACAAA